AUGUCGACCUCUCACUCGGAGCACCUGUCAUCCCCGGCCACAGAGAAUGCCCCGAGCGCAGCACCGCGGUCGAACGCUCUUCAGAAUCGCAUCACAAGCGUGCUGUCGGCAUCCUACGCCGACCUGGACAUCCGCGAUGCCCUUUCCAUCCUGCACGAGAGAGGACUUCAGAAUACAGCAGACACCAGGAGGAACCUUCGCUUGGACGUGCAGGAAGAGCUGAUCCAGUGCAAUGGAGAUAUUGUGCACGACUUCGGCACGCUUUCCGAGCAGCUCAGGCGUAUUGGACUUGCCAUUGCCAAUCUCAACAACAGCGCUGCUGAAAUGCGGAAACAUAUUGCCGCUUCAACUCGCGACAUUGGGCCCGUGGUGGACGAAGCCAAGACAGUUCUGGCGGACCGGAGACACGUCGAAACCAAGCAGCAGCUUCUGCAUGCAUGCAAGGCUCAUUUCGUGCUGUCGGAUCCCGAUCUGUCAUCGUUGACCUCAACCGCCGAACCUGUGAACGAUGACUUCUUCCGCAUUCUGACGAGGGUCAAGAAGAUUCACCAAGACUGCCAGCUUCUGCUCGGCACCGAGAACCAGCGCCUGGGACUUGACAUCCUCGAACAGAGCUCACGGCAACUGAAUGCCGCAUAUCAAAAGCUCUACCGCUGGCUUCAGAAAGAGUUCAAAUCCUUAGACUUGGAGAAUCCUCAAAUCAGUGCUGCGAUCCGGCGAGCUUUAAGGGUGCUGGCGGAGAGACCAACUCUGUUCCAAAACUGCUUGGAUUUCUUCGCCGAGGCUCGAGAGGAUAUAUUGUCGAACAACUUCUAUGCCGCCCUGACUGGCGCGCCUGUCGACCACGAGCAUCCCGUCAUGGGCAAGGCCAUCGAAUUAUCGGCCCAUGAUCCUCUACGAUACAUCAGUGACAUGCUGGCAUGGGCACACGCCGCUACUGUGUCAGAGCGAGAGGUACUGGAAGUCUUCUUCAUCUCAGAAGGAGACGAGAUAGCCAAAAGCAUCCAAGCGGGAAUCGAGAGUGAGCCUUGGUCAAAAGCUGUUGCCGAAGAAGAUACUACCCAGCCAUUUGAUGGGCGCAAGGCACUCAACGAGCUCGUUGAACGUGAUCUGGCUGGAGUCUUCCGGCAGCUCAGGCAACGUACAGAACAGGUCAUCCAGAGCCAUGAGGAUGCCACUCUGGCCUACAAAAUAUCCAAUCUUGUCACUUUUUACUCGAGCAUUUUCGCGAAGCUCUUGACCCCAGACUCUACGCUACUCAGUGCACUGCGCCCCAUCGCAGACACAGCUAUGAGGGCCUUCCGCUCGAUCAUGCGCGACCAUGUCGCAAAUUUGCAGACAGACUUCGCCAUUUCUACGACCGACGAUCUUGCGCCCCCCGACUUCCUGAUCGGUGCUCUGGAGACAUUGAAGGUGCUUAUGAAGAGUUACGACACGUCCAACGUACACGCCAACAGAGCUCAGCGCGUCGAAGAUUUCCAGCCUGUGUUGCAAGAAUCAUUAGACCCAUUCCUCGCGGGCUGCGAGAACAUCACAAAACGUCUGCGUGCACCAAGCAGCCACAUCUUCGCCCUCAACUGCCUCUUUGCUACGAAAGAUGUUUUAAGCUCAUACAGCUUUGCGGAUCGAUCAGAAGAGCUACAACCGGGCAUCGAGGCUCAUGAGCAGCAGUUGGCAGACGCGAUGCACAUCUGGUUCCUGCGCGAAUCCGGGCUCAAGCAUCUUGUGGAUAACAUCAAUUCGUUGGAUGACCUCUCGUCAUCAUAUAAAGAUCCAAGUCAGCUCAUCUCCAUUGCACAGCAGCUCGAUGCAUUCUUGCCGACUGCGACGGAAGAUGCUCGAGGAUACCUCGGGCAGCUUGAGAACAGAUCGUUGGCCAGGCGCGUCAUUGAGCAGGCCGCUGAGCAAUUUUGCGAGGAUUUUGAAGAAAUCGAGGCCAUGAUUAUCCAGUCCGACGAGCUUCAUGCCAAGCAGGUCAAUGGUGAUUUUGAGGAGGAAGUGUGGCUGAGAGAAGUGUUUCCCAGAACGCAGGACGAAAUUCGGGUGCUGCUAAGUUGA